GAUAGAUAGAAUUGAAAGAUAGAUGAAUAUAUAACGGUGGCUUAGUUUUGGGAAGAGCUUAAAACCCUUUCGCUGCGCCUCAACCCAAUCCUAAAACCUUAUCUCUUUCUCUUCUUCUUCAUCUUCUUCUUCUUCUUCUUCUUCUCAUUCUCUCAAUCUCCAUGGAUUCUUCAGAAUCUUCUUUUCCCCAAACCUCUGUUCUUCUUUCUGAUCAAUCGCCGUCUCUUGACACCGCCUCAGACUCCGACAACGACGGCUUUGUCAGUGGUGAGGAGGGGGAUUUUGAGCCGGAGUCCACCAGGCCCAUUCUUGUGAAACCUUCUGUGCCGGUUGAGGAGUCUAAGCUUGAUGGGCCUCUCCAAGAGGCCCACCGGCCCAUUGCUAAGGUCACCGAGGACGACGAUGGUUCCGUUGAGGACGCGGAUGAUGACGUUGCCGAGGGUGAUGCGGACGGUGUCGUUUGGCAGAAGAGCGGUGAGAGGGAGGAAUCGGGGGAGGCGGUGAAGGACGGGGAUUUUAGCGAUAGUAACGAGGUGUUUGUGGAGGCUUCUGGCGGUGAUGAUAGAGAGGCUCCUUUUGAGAAUGGAGUGGAUGCUGAUAAAGGGUUUGAGGGUGAGGGUGUGGAAUUGGAUGGGAGAGGGGAGGAAGAGAAGGCGGUGGAGGAAGUUCAUGACGGUAGGACAACUCAUUUGGAUUCUGUGGUUGUUGAUGAGAAAGGUGAGGAUGAGGGUGGUGUUGUUGAAAAGGAUGGUGGUGGUGGUGUGGAGGCUGUUGUUGAUGGUGUGGAGGUUAACCUGUUGGGGUCUGGGGUUGUUGUUGUUGGGGAUGAGCUGGAUGUUAAGGAGUCUCAGAUUAAAGGUUUGGAUGAGGCGGCUGGGGUGAGUUUGGAUAAUGGUUUUGAUGCCAUUGAUAAGGUUGGUGAGGUUGAUGAUGAUGGCGAUGUUGUAGUUGGUGGGGCUGAUGAGUCUGUUGUUCAAAAUGUUGAUGGCCCCGAUGGUGUUAUUGGUGGGGACGGUGAGCCUGGAGAAAAUGGAGUUAGUGGAGAUGGGUUGAAGAGUGACAUUGUUGUACCUCGUGAGGAAGGAGGGGGUUCGGAGUUUGUUGAGCAAAACGAGGUAAAGAAGGAGGAUGAUGUGGAGGGGGAGAUUGAGAACCAUGUAGAGGAGAAAGGUGACGAUGAGGUGGAGGGUGGUCAUCAUGGUGAGAGGGAGAUUGAGGGUUUGGUUUCGGAUGAGAAAAUUGAGAGCUCUGGCGAGAAGGUUGAGGAGGUGGAGAAUGUUGGUAGCCAUGAUGAUGACGACGAAAGAGAGAUUAAUGGUUCGGUGUCGGAUGGGAAAGGAGAAGAAGUUGAAGAAGUGGUAUAUGGAAGCAAUGCUGCCGCCGCCAAUAAGUUCUUGGAGGAUUUGGAAUUGCAGCAGCAAUCACGGGCCAGUGGGAGUUCGCGGGACGAGGGAAUUGAUGGCCAGAUUGUUACUGACUCAGAUGAAGAGGAGACUGAUGAUGAAGGGGUUGGGAAAGAGCUGUUUGAUACUGCUACAUUGGCAGCACUUUUGAAGGCGGCGUCUGGUGGAGACCAAGAUGGCGGCAGUAUCACAAUAACCUCUCAAGACGGAUCGAGGCUAUUCUCAGUUGAGCGCCCUGCUGGUUUGGGGUCAUCUCUCCAGUCAGGUAAACCUGCCAUGAGGCCAACUCGUCCAAAUAUUUUUAGUCCUUCAAUUAGUAGAGCUAGUGCCGUCACUGAUAGCAAUUUGAGUGAAGAGGAGAAAAAGAAACUGAACAAAUUGCAGGAGAUUAGGGUGAAAUACUUAAGACUUGUUCAUAGGCUGGGUUUUACUACAGAAGAAUCAAUAGCAGCACAGGUGCUGUACCGGAUGACACUUGUUGCAGGGAGGCAGAGUGGUCAAAUGUUUAGCCUUGAGUCUGCAAAGGAGACUGCUACCCGGCUUGAAGCGGAGGGAAGAGAUGAUUUGGAUUUUUCUGUGAAUAUACUUGUUCUUGGGAAAGCAGGUGUGGGCAAGAGUGCUACAAUAAAUUCAAUUUUCGGUGAGACAAAGACCUCCAUUAAUUCUUGUGGGCCUGCUACUACCGCUGUGACAGAAAUUGUUGGGGUGGUUGAUGGAGUGAAGAUAAGGAUUUUUGACACACCAGGCCUCAAGACUUCUGCAUUUGAACAAAAUUUCAAUACAAAAGUCCUGUCUGCGGUGAAGAAACUGACUAAAAAAUCCCCCCCUGAUAUUGUGCUCUAUGUGGAUCGCCUGGACCUGCAAACUAGAGAUAUGAAUGAUCUGCCGAUGUUAAGAUCAAUUACUAGUGUCCUGGGUUCGUCAAUAUGGCGAAAUGUUAUAGUCACGCUGACCCAUGCUGCCUCUGCUCCUCCAGAUGGGCCUUCAGGUGCCCCUUUGAGUUAUGAUGUAUUUGUUGCUCAAAGAUCUCACAUAGUUCAACAAACCAUUGGGCAAGCUGUCGGAGACCUACGUCUCAUGAAUCCAAGUUUAAUGAAUCCAGUUUCUCUUGUUGAAAAUCAUCCUUCUUGUCGCAAAAAUAGAGAUGGUCAGAAGGUGCUUCCUAAUGGUCAAAGUUGGAGACCUCUCUUGUUGCUCUUAUGCUUCUCAAUGAAGAUUCUCUCUGAAGCUGGUAAUGCUUCAAAAGCUCAAGAAUCAUUUGACCACCGGAGGCUAUUUGGUUUCCGAACUCGCUCCCCACCACUUCCAUACUUGUUAUCUUGGUUAUUACAGUCACGUACCUACCCAAAACUUCCUGCUGAUCAGGGUGGGGCUGACAAUGGUGAUUCUGAUACUGAAAUGGCUGACUUAUCUGAUUCUGAUCUAGAUGAAGAUGAGGAUGAGUACGACCAGCUCCCACCAUUUAAGCCUAUGAAGAAAUCACAGGUUGCUAAGCUUACUAAAGAACAGCAGAAAGCAUAUUUGGAGGAGUACGAGUAUCGGGUGAAACUUCUUCAGAAAAAGCAAUGGAGAGAGGAGUUGAGGAGGAUGAGAGAGAUGAAGAAAAGAGGUAAUGCUAAAGUAGACAACUAUGGUUACCCAGAAGAAGAUGAUCAAGAGAAUGGAACUCCAGCUGCAGUGCCAGUUCCAUUGCCGGAUAUGGCCUUGCCACCAUCCUUUGACAGUGACAAUCCAGCCUACAGGUACCGUUUCUUAGAGCCAACUUCCCAGCUCCUGACAAGGCCAGUCUUAGACAACCAUGGCUGGGACCAUGAUUGUGGUUAUGACGGUGUAAACAUUGAGCAUAGCCUAGCCAUCAUCAACAAAUUCCCAACUGGUGUUACUGUUCAGAUAACAAAGGAUAAGAAAGAUUUCAGCAUCCACUUGGAUUCCUCUGUUGCUGCAAAACUUGGAGAGAAUGGAUCAGCCAUGGCAGGCUUUGACAUUCAAAACAUUGGAAAGCAGCUAGCUUACAUUGUUAGAGGAGAGACAAAAUUCAAAAAUUUCAAAAGAAAUAAAACUUCUGGUGGGGUGUCUGUGACAUUUUUGGGCGAAAACGUAUCUACUGGGGUGAAAAUUGAGGAUCAGAUUGCUGUGGGGAAACGCUUGGUAUUAGUCGGUAGCACAGGGAUUGUGAAGUCACAAACUGAUUCUGCUUGUGGUGCCAAUCUUGAAGUGCGGCUCAGAGAGGCAGAUUUUCCAAUUGGCCAGGACCAGUCUUCACUGAGCCUUUCUCUGGUGAAGUGGAGGGGAGACCUGGCGUUGGGGGCCAAUCUUCAGUCCCAAUUUUCCCUGGGACGUAGUUAUAAGAUGGCUGUUCGUGCUGGAUUGAACAACAAGCUCAGUGGACAGAUCAGUGUGAGAACAAGCAGCUCAGACCAGCUUCAGAUUGCCCUCGUUGCUAUAUAUCCGAUUGCCAAGGCUAUCUACAAAAACUUCUGGCCUGGGGCUAGUGAGAAUUAUUCCAUCUAUUAGAUUAUGUCUUUUUGCUUGCGUUACUAGUUAAGGAACAGUAGAUUACGAGCUUAUGAUAUCAUGCUGCUUCUUUUCAUGAGACUGCCUUCAAUAAUAAGCUAUUUUAGAUUCGUCUAGACCACUGUAUUAGUGCUUUUAUGUGCCUGAAAAUUGUACUGAAAUUGAGAUGGAACCUACAGGGAAUUGAUCAUUCGUAGUUGUUCUGUUAGCAUCUAUUGAAAUUUUGAAUAAUGUCGAUGUCAGAUUAUGCUGUUUUUCUUAAUCUCUUUCUUUGUUGCUAUAA